AACACUUGUUGAGGAAGAAGCUGACGGUGGUGGAGGAGUUUCACUCACACCUGGAGCCCAUGAGGUUCGUCAACACUGACUCGCUGCCUCGCCAGGUGAGCUUCAGCUACUCGCAGUACGGCAGCGAGAUGAACGUGCUUCCAGUCGACGGCCUCGACACCCGCCUCGACCCCACCAGAUUGCUCUCAGUUCAUUGUCUGUUGUUCCCGAACUUCAACUUCUGUGCCACAUAGCGUCGGGCUGACUGUGGUCAAGACAAAGGCACAUUUGAAGGCAUCACUUGUGCUUUAGUGUAAAACAAAAGAAAAAUUGCUGUGAUAAUUAUAACGAGGCCCUUGAAAUUGUUAGCAAGUUGGCCUAUAUAUACUGUAUAUAAAUAUAUAUAUAUAUAUUUUUUAAUGUGAUCAAGCUAUUCGGUUGUUCAUUGUAGGUCCUAGAAGCUGAGGUCAGGUGCUAGCGACUGUGCUACACUUCACUAGACUGUCUCCAACUGUUUACUGUGACCACUAGACUGUCUCCAACUGUUUACUGUCACAGUUCAUCUGGUGUAAUGUGCACAGUUCCGGGAGACAGUCAGGGGAAGGUGAAGGAGUGCACGCCUCAGCUUUGGACAGUCAAGUCCUAAAAUGGCUCUUCCAGGUUGCAAACUGAUCUCCCGUCAUCUGCAAGAUAAUCUUGUGACUAAAGUAUAGAAUACACUCAAUGUGAGCGAGUCUUUCCUCCUUAAGGUUGUAAUAUUUAAAGCUAUUAUGAGUUAUAUUAACAUUAAUGGUCCUAUUGGUGUGACCAGUGAUUCAUUCUUCCACAAUAGAAUAGAAUACAAAUAAAUGCAAGACACUUCCAAUAGACUUGCAACGCUGCUCACUUGAGGCUUUUACAAAGGUUAAUACUUGAAUUUGCUGACCCUUGAGAUUAUCUUAAGUUCAUGUACUCACCUAGUAGGGAUGUCUCACACACACACACACGUGUGUGUGUAAUUACAUAAGUGUGUUUGAAUGCAUGCUUGCAAGGGAAUGGAUUGAUGCUGCAACUUGGUCACUGCUUCUACUGAGUAUAGCAGAUUGGAUGGAUGACAGAGAGGGAAAGAGGAGGCAAGUUAAUGAUAAACUGACUCAAGAACAUUUCCCCCAAUAUAAGGGAAUGUACUGAACACUAUGAAAAUACCCGAGAUCGAAAUCAUUCGUCCGUUCUGGAAGUUUUAUCGCUUUACCUUAAUCUUCGCUCAAUACCUUGUUAAGAUGUUGUGUCAAAUGCUGCAACAACGGCCUGGAUGGUUUCCUCUAACAAGAAAGAUACUAAAAUAUUGUGUUUGGAUUUAGUGAAAAACAAAAUUUUGUUAAAAUUAGGAUAAUUAUCCCAUACUUUGUUUUCUGUACAAUAUGUUUGAGAGGUCAUCCAUUGCCGGGGAUUUUGUACUCACUGUUAAUGAUUCUCCAUUUUAAAAAAGACAAUAUUUUAAUCCAAAUGACUAUGGACAAUCUCUAUUAAGCUAGUCAGAUGUAAAUGUCUUUAUUUAAAAAAUUGAAGCUAUAUUAUGUCUGGUCAAAGAGAGAGAUGUGUGGUGGUGGUUGUGAGGUCUGCCUCUCACAGCUCCUCGCUCCAUGUAUAUAUGUUUCCAUUUCAUCAGAUGCACCAAAAAUAUAAUAAUAGUCACUGUUUACAUUCUUAUAUUAGAGCAACACAACAAAAUCACAGGAAAUAUAAUAAUUUUCAUGUUAAGUGCAUAUGGUGCUCGGAGCCACAGAUUUCUCUGUUUGCUUGUUUGGCAUAUUUGUAUACAGGUAAGCCCUUGUGUACACCCUGGUACACUAGUGUACACCCUGGUACACUAGUGUACACCCUGGUACACUAGUGUACACCCUGGUACACUUGUGUACACCCUGGUACACUUGUGUACACCCUGCUACACUAGUGUACACCCUGGUACAGU